AUGAGACCACCGGAAGAGAACCAAGAACAACCGACGAUCAACUCGUCCGAUCAACCUCCGGCCGCGAUGAAUCAUCCUCAGGGAGGGUACUACUACCCCCCGACAAAUCCGCAAGCCCAACAGCCGUACUGGAAUCAACCGAGCUAUCCAGUGACAGCUCAGGGUUACCAGUACCAUCCUCUGGCAAACUACCAACAUCCAACGAGUGGCCAAGCUCACCCAGCGUCGGCAACAGGUGGACCGACCACUUUCCAGUCCAAUCAAAACAGAAACCGCAGAAGGAAUUGCAACCGCAGGCGCAACCAGAGUCACAGGGGUCCCGAUUGGUUUCCCAGACCUGGUCCCAGCAGAGCCCCUCAGAACUCAAACGCAGGAAGCAGCAGAGAAGCGAGAAGACGAUUGCAUCAGCUCUCGAUCCAUCGAGAAAUGAUUCGUCUCAACAGGACCACCCAGGCCCAAUUCCAAGCCUUGGAAUCAAUGCGAGACCAGAACGCUGGAUUAGGACUGAAUCUUCUAUUGAUAUUAAAAAUCUUUUGA